GGGGAAGGAAAGCAGCAGGUGGGCAGCAGCUCAGCCAAGGACCCUCCAGAUGGACCAGAUCUACGGGUUCCAGUGCAAUGCAACCCCACUAAUUGCCAAAUACUAGUAGAUCAUCGUGGCUGCACACUAGCUAUCAAGGAUGUACUGGUUCCAGGGGCAGCAGAAAUGUAUGAAGCUACAGUUGAUGGAAAGCGUUGCGUUGCUCUAAGGAAGACAAUGGAUGGUGCAUAUACCAUGUACAAAGCUCUACUGGAAUUUACUCAUCCAAACAUACUGAAGCCAGUGGGCAUUUGGGAGGACCCACACUGCCAUGACGUAGCAUAUAUAGUGUUUAGGGGAGUUGACGGCACAAUGGAACAACUUGGAGGACAAACAAUGUUUGAGGAAGGUGACCCUUACAAUGGCUUCUCUGAACACGGCUUUAAAAUGUUUAGGGAUAUCUUCUCCACUAUUGAUCAUGUCAACAGUCAUUAUGCUGGUGAGGGUACAUCCAGUGCAAGAAACACUCAACGCGAAUUAAUGCAAAUAAGGCUUGACCCGCCGAACAUAUAUUACAAGAUGGUGGAUGGCGAGCCGUUGGUGUUAUUAGGAAAUAUGGACAUAUAUUAUCAAGGAGCCAAUGGUUUGAAAGCAACACACUGGAACGAGAUUGGAGGCUGUCUAAAUUCCUUGUUUGGGCACGGUAACCAAGCCAGUAUGGAAUUAAGGGAGUUGGCUCGCUUCUUAAUGCAGGGAACAGUGAGUUAUGACGACCUACUUUGGCAGCCGGGUUUAUGGAAUGCCAACACAAAGAUUGAGUUCAUCAGAGAAAUACAUUUUAUGGUUGACAUGGAUCGUGAUGCAAAAAACAAGCUACCAUACGCACAGACAGAGAAAGGAGGUCAACUCAUGAGGGAGCCGUCUCUUGGACUAAUUCAUCUCAUGCGAGAGUUUACAAAACCAAAAGAUGAGAAUAACAUCGAACGAGAACAUAAGGAUAACAACUUGCUUCACUCAGUUUUAUUCUUGAGGAACAAAAUUGUCGCUCACUACGAUGACGAGUACAAAGGAUUUUCAGGUCAAAAGGAGAAAAUUGGGACAACUAAGGCUCAGAUUGAGAGAUAUGUACAACAUAGCAAGGGUGAUUACAUGAUAUUACUGGCGAGAGCCAUAAAGAAGUUCCACUUCUUCGAGGUAAAACCGACUAUAUGAGAGGAUUCUACAAGAUAAGGAUAUCUGAAGGGAAAGAAAAAGGCAAAGCAAAACAUUGACAUAGCAACCGUUGCAACAAUGAUGACCGGGACAGACCCUUAUCCCUAGCAUAAUAUACUAUUGCUUACUAAAACUGCACAAGUAAUGAUAUUUCAGGGAAGAAAACUAUGAGACUUGUAUAAUUUGUGUUGGUUCUAGGAUAGUUGGAACCGUUUACGAACUUGUAUUGAUGUACCAUUGUGAACCUUUGUGGUGUGAUUAAACCAUUAAUUAUUAGGACAA